AUGAUAUACAAAUUUCUCCUCGUUUUUGCGAUAAUUCGACCCACUUUUUCCCAAUUCUCUCCACAAUUCGACGCAUCACAAUGUGAAAUUUCAAAAGGAUGUCAUAUCCCGGAGCCAUCACAAUCCAAUGGAAUGGGCGUGGCCUGGAAUCUUUUAGACGACGAGACGCUCGAAUUGGAGUUAUUUGUGAAUGCGGAACAAGAGAAUGGACGAUAUGUGGCUGUUGGGUUUUCAGAUGAUGAGCACAUGGGAAACGAGCCAGUCAUCGAGUGUUCAGCAAUCGGAACCCAACCAGCAAGUAUGAAAUUUUCGUUCGAUAAAACGUCAGGAAAAGGGAAUCAGCGGAUUUCAGGGGACCACUCCGCCCACUUCACCGACACAACCGCUUCAUUCCAAAACGGAGUAUUAUAUUGUAGAUCAAAAGUGAAAGUGUCUGGAUCUGACUCAGAUCCGAAUGUAUUCAAAUUCGAUCCAUCGAAAGACUAUUAUCUCCUUUUGGCAAAUGGAAAAACGACAGCGAAAGGGUUGGGAUAUCACAAGGAGAUGUCGUCAGUCUCACGGAAAGUUCGGUUGGCUGAGAAUUCCCCCGGAUUUGACAACUCGGAAUGCGGGAAAACAAAAGGUUGCACAAUUCCUCACAAUUGCCCUUACAUGAACGGUGAAGCAGUCGGAGCAUCCUAUCGAGUCGUCGAUUCCACACAAAUCGAGUUCGAAAUUUUCGGACCAGCCAACACGACUGUCAACCAGAAUGUCUACGUGGCACUCGGAUUUUCGGAUCAUGAAAAAAUGGACCAAAUCAGUGUGAUCGAGUGCUCUCAAAUCGGUUCCGAGCAGUCUCCCACCAUGAAAUUCAGUUAUAAUCCUGGUUUCUACAAUGCUCGAAUCGCUGGAGAGCCCGCGAUCCGAGCGAAACUCAUUAAACAAUCGAUUGGAAGAAUCGCUGAUGGACAGAUCUAUUGUAAAGGAGUUGUGAAUGUGGGAGGAGACGCAGACAACUCACAAAUAUUUAAAUGGAAUCAGACACAGGGAUAUCAUUUGAUGUUUGCUGCUGGAUUUACGAACGUCACCGACCUCACCCAGCACACCGGGUCCUGCCCCUCGGGCAUUACAUACCUCGACCAAGUAAACGGUUUCGACGCCACGACGUGUGGAGACAAGAAGGGAUGUUUCAUGCCAACUGACUGCGUGAAUGUCACUGAUUGUUCCGGAAUCCGAUCGUCAUGGGCGGUACUUCCCAACAAUCAACUCCACGUGGAAAUCACUGGAAACGUGGAUUCCACGAAUCAAUACGUGGCAAUGGGAUUCUCGACGAGUGGAAAAAUGGGAAAUACGAGUGUUAUCGAGUGUUCGAGUUUCGAUAAUGGAGAAUAUUCAAUGACUUUUUCCUACAAUUAUGUGACUGAAGACUAUCAAAACAUUCGACCAAUCACUGAUGUCUCCGGUCUUUUUACGAAUCGACGUGUCCAAUUUGUCGACGGAGUCUUAUAUUGCUCCGCAGAUGUUAAAGUAGCGGGAAUGGCCAAUGAUCCGACUGUCUUCCGAUAUCAACCCGAUACAAACUACACUAUUAUUAUGGCGAAGGGCGUCACGAGAACCAAUGGAACUCAGAAAUCACUGGGAUAUCAUCGGACAGUGAGAAGUUUCACUCCGUACUCUCAGACAUUGUCGGCUUAUGCACCACCGGCCACUCCAACACCACCAACUGGAAAGGGAUCAUUCGAUGCCUCCGAGUGUACCCACUCGAAAGCUUGCUACCAACCGAACGCCAACGAUGCUGUCUCUUAUCGUGUCAUUAGUGAUUCUUCCAUCGAAUUCGAGUUCUCCUCGACACAAUCUUCGUCUACGGGGGUUUACUUGGCACUCGGAUUCUCAGCAGAUGGUAACAUGGGACCGGCUGAUGUCAUUGAGUGUUCGUCUCUCGGAAAUCAACCACUUUCCAUGAAAUUCUCGUCGAAUAGUGCGUCGACGAAUAGCAGAAUUCCGGGAGAGGAAGCGAUUCGUGCCACGUAUAUUACGAAUACGCAGAUAUCGUUUGUCGAUGGGAAAAUUUAUUGUAAAGGAACAGUCAGAUCGGAUGGAAAUGCUAAUACACAGAUUUUCAAAUACACUCCAAACCAACAGUACUACCUCGUCGUUGCCAAAGGACAAACCUCCGCCUCUGGUCUUUCUUAUCACGGAAAUGUGAAUCGAUUCAAAUCGUCUCAACGUCUUCUGACAGAUAUGAAUGCUGGAAAUGGUACAUCAAGCACGACUCUUCUCAUUCUCCAUGCCAUAUUCAUGACUAUCGCCUGGAUGACAAUGGUCCCGACCGCCGUGAUUUUCGCCAGAGUUUUGAGAUCUUCGUGGCCAACUGUGAAGCCGGGAGGACUCUUGAUCUGGUUCCAUAUCCAUCGUGGCGCCAAUCUCAUUGGAAUCGCCCUUAUGAUCGCCGGUUUUGUGUUCAUUCUCGUCCAUAAAGAUUGGAAAUUCACGACGGCUGGAUGGGGUGGAAAACACGCGAUUAUUGGAAUUAUUGCAUUGUGUUUGGCAUGGUUACAACCAUUUAUUAGUACUCUCAGAUGCUCUCCAAACGAUCCGAGACGCCCGAUUUUCAAUUAUAUUCAUAGAGGAAUCGGAGUGAUUGCGAUGGUUUUGGCUACCACCGCGAUCUGCAUCGCCGGAUACCACUUCACCCCGUCUCGACACGUCGCUCAACUCAUUCUUGCUCUCAUCCCGAUUUCUGUUAUUUUCGCUCUCUCAUUGUUCUUCAUCAUCUUCAAUAAUGUCGUCGAUGUGGACACCAAAUCAUUCACAAAGAACAAUGGAAAUUCGGCUCGAACUGAGAAUAUUCCGAUGAGGCCGACGUCUCAAAAGGAUUCGGAAACCACGUGGACGAUUACGAAUUCCACGUCAUCACCAACAACAGAGAAUAGUAAUCAGGAAGUGCCGGCGGAGAAAAAGAAAUUAUGGGUGAACCGAUUCCGUGAAUUCGUUGUCUAUGGAGCCGUACUCAUCUUCGUCGCCGUCGGAACCAUCCUCGCCGUAUUUUUCGGAUUGGCAUUCACUCCAUAG